AUGAAACAGUCCGGAGAGAUCUACCAACCAGCAACACAUCCUGGGACCUUUGGCAGCUCCGGGUCUGACGCUCCGGAGGAGGAACCUCCUCUUCUUGUUGAACUCGAGAUCGAUUUUGAUCACGUUUGGCACAAAACGCUGACGGCGUAACCUUUGAAGCCGGCGGACGGCAGCAUCCUGAAUGAGCCGGAUGUGGCAGGUCCGGUCCUCUUCUGCAUCACGCUAGGAGGCACCUUGAUGAUGGUGGGAAAAGCCCACUUUGGCUUUGUUUACGGGAUCAGCGUGGUCGGCUGCCUGGGAAUGUACGUCCUGCUGAGUCUGAUGAGUCCCCGGAGCGUCUCCUAUGGCUGUGUGUCCAGCGUCCUGCGUUACCGUCUCCUACCAGUCGUGGUUCUGUCUGCACUGGCCAUCUUCUACUCUCUGCAGGGCGUCCUGGGCUCAGCUCUGGUCCUGCUAGCCGUGUGCUGGUGCAGCUUUUCAGCCUCUAAGAUCUUCACCUCCACGCUGGAGAUGCAGGAGCAGCAGCUGCUGGUGUUCUACCCGCUCCACGGACCCUUCACCCUCCUCACCGUCUCCUGGCCACCAGCUGGCUGGAGGACGUGUGAAUGCAUCAUCUGUCUGUUGUAGCUUUAAGGUUCUUGCUCAGUUCUCUGUUCCCACAGCAGG